AUGCAUAUAUCAAGUUGUCGAGUGUACUAUUUAAUUCCAGUUUUUCUAUUGAUAAUCAAAUGUAUCAAUGGCCAAACAACAAGUUUUUCACGAAAUUCAAACCGUGUUGAGUCUCUUUCUAUAGAAACAACAACGACUUUUAUGUCGAAUGAUACAUAUAAUUCUAUUGGCAAUAAUAAUUACGAAAGGACGAAUAACACGUUAAUUAAUAGUAAAUCUAAUGUGGCUAACAAUGGUAAUCCAGCAUUUUCAAAUAUAUUGACUAAUGAAACUACAAUGGAAAGUACAUUUUUGACAGUCACCCAUAUUGAAACAUAUACAACAUCUCCUCUGAAGACUUGUGAUUUUAAUAGAUCUAAUGGUAUCGUUGUUAAAAAUCGAACUUCAUCUAUGUUUACAGCUCUUAUUACUUAUAAUAAUUGUUCAUCGAUAAAUUCAUCUGAAUUAUUUGUCUUUGUCAAUGAAUCAGAUGUAGAAAAUUGUUUUGUUACUGAAGACAUAUCACAUAAUAUGGAUGAUACUAUUAUUAAUGUUACUUGUGAAAAUAUUAUGAAUAAAGCUGGUCGAGAUUGGACAUUCAAUAUUGGUUCUAAAUUUUUUCAUAACCAAAUUAUUUUCAAUGAAAUAUUUAUCGUUACGUUAGAACCUUUAUCUCUUAAUACAUCAACAUAUAUUGAUGUAAUGAUUGAUAAAAAUUUAACAUCAGCAUUAAUCUUUAUACCAAAUUGUACAGAUAUAAGUGAUAUAGAAUAUCUUAUAUUUCGUUGUAGUGAUUCAAAUGGGACUCUUUCAGAGAAUUGUACAUAUACAUGUUCUAAUAUUCAAUUCGGUUCAAUAUAUAAUUUAUCAUUAGUUCGAUUACCUAUUCCAAUAGCAGAUGAAGAUAAGAAUUUUUUUCCAGAAGAAAAUCUUUAUAAAGAAUUUCAAACAAAUCUUGAUAAAGUAACAAACUUCACGUUUAAAGAUGAUUAUCAUGAUAGAAAAACAGCACAAAUUUAUUUUAAUCAUCCACGUGGAAAUUUUGAUGAAAUUUAUUUAAAUUGUUCUACACAAGAUCAACAUUGUUCAAAUAAUAUAAGUAUAUUAACGAAUACAACUGGAAAUUGUUCUGAGUGUGAUUCUAUUACGAUUUCUCCUAUAAUAAGAGGAGUUUCAUACCAAUGUCAAGCAAUAACUGUUAAAGAAAAUUUCAUAAAUGUAACAUCUGAUCAAUUCUCUUUCAGAACCGAUCUUGAACCAGUACUUUAUGAAAAAGAAGGAGAAAAAUGGUUCUCAAAUACAACUAAAUUUGUUUUUAAUGUAACUCAACAAAGUGAUUUUGAUCGUCUUGAAUCAAUUUGUAUUACUGAAAAUAAUAUAUAUCCAUGUCAAAAUUUGGCAAAAGAACAUAAUCAAUGUAUAACAACACUUGAAAAUGAUGGUAAUCUUGGAUGUAAUUAUCAAUGUUAUUUUAUUACUAAAAAAUCGAAUUAUAGUAAUAAAUUUUCCAAAAAUUUUACAAUGGAUAUUUUUCCUCCAACACCAAAUUUAAGUUUAAAUAGCAAAACAUCUCGAUCCAUAACAGUUAAGUGGGCAAUAAGUCAACCAGCAUAUGUUGAAUGUUUUGAAUUACUUCUAAAUCAAACUCAAUCUGUUAAUCUCAGUAAAACAACAUUUUCAUAUACAUGGAAAGAACUUUUACCUAAUCGACAAUAUAAAUUUCGUCUACUACUUAAUUCAAAGCAUAUACGUUCUUCUCAACGUUUGUUUGUAAAAACAUUAGAGGAUGCACCCGAAAAACCAACUGAUGAUGACACAAUAAAUAAAAUACUUCCAAUAGACAAUGAUACACAAUCGCAAAGUGAACAAUAUGUCAUUGAAAUAGAUCCAUCAUUAUUUUCAAAUGAUAAUGGAAUCAUAUAUUACUAUCGGAUUUAUAUACGUCAAGAUCUACAUAAGAAUACGUCGGAACCAGAUUUAAUCGGAACAUAUUAUGCUGCUUUAAAAAAUAAUUCGAUUGAUUAUUUGGCUUUUAAUAUUACAAUAUCACCGCCAAAUAAUUCUUUUCUAACAGAUGAUAAUAAACUUCGUUUAAUAAUUGGUAAUGACACAUGUCGAAAUGAUUCUAAUGAAAAUAUUCCGUGUAAUGGAAAAUUGAAAGCAGAUACUACUUACAAAAUUAUUGUUAAUGCUUGUACGAAAGUAGGUUGUAGUUCUGCACUUUCAAAAUCAUUUCAGACGAAGAUUCAAAUUCAACCCCAAAAUUCAUCAAAAGCAAUAAUAUGGUUUAUUAUAAUUCCUAUAUUAGUUGUAUUGAUUGUUGCAAUUUUCAUUACAUCGCAACGAAAACAUAUUAAAAGUUUAUACCUUGAAAUCAUAAACUCGGAUAGACAAUCGUCGAUUAGUUCAGAUUCUAGUAAUGAAUCAGUUCCAUUAAAUUCUAUCUUUAAAACAAUGAGACCAAAAUUACUUAUUGAGUAUUUACACAUAAAUCAAGAAGUUGAAAAUGAAAUAUAUGAUGAAUUCAAGGAAUUAGAAAGAAUUUCUCCUCAAUAUCAUAAAUCAGAUUAUGAUCCGAAUUUGGCUGUUUAUGAUCGUUACAAAAAUAUUCCAGCUCGUGGAACAUGGGAACAAACAGCAGUUUCUUUAACAGGUCAACAUCGUUUGCAUGAUUAUAUUAAUGCAAAUGAAAUCACAAGUUUUGAUAAAAAAAGAACAUAUAUUGCAUGUCAAGGUCCAUUAGAAGAUACAUGUCAAGAUUUUUGGGAUAUGAUUAUUCAAUACAAAUCGAAAUGUUAUUCUUAUUUUCCAAAUGGUAAGGGUGAACAAUUAAAAUUUCUUAAUAUUAUUGUAAAAGUGAAUCAUAUUGAAAACUAUCCUCAUACUAAUCUGGAAAUCCGUCAUUUAUCUAUAAGACACUAUGAUGUAAAACAUGAUGUUAUUCAUUAUUAUUAUACUGGCUGGUCGGACUUUAAUGUUGUUGAAGCAACAAAAUUACUUGCUCUAAUUGAAAAAGUCAAUAAACAUGGAUCAUCACCAUCUUCAGUUUGUAAUAGAACAACAAAUAGUUUAUUAUCAACACCAAUCGUUGUUCAUUGCAGUGCCGGUGUUGGUCGAACAGGUACUUACCUAACAGUAGAUACAAUUGUUCGUCUACUUGAUCGUCCUGAUAAUGAAUUAAUGACGUACGAACUUGAUGUUAUGGGUAUUGUAUAUCAAUUAAGACAUCAAAGAGUUAAAAUGGUUCAAACAAAAGAACAAUAUUUAUUGAUAUAUCGUUGUGUAGAACAACUUUUGAAACAAACUAAUCGAUUAGAUGUUGUUUUACAAGAAUCACCUAUAUACGUAAAUUUUGGAGAUCUUCCAUCGAAAUUAACUUCUAAUAAUUAUAUGAAUAUUUCAAUAGUUAACGAUGUAAAAAUAAAUCGUUCAAAUAUUGAUCCACCACGAUGUGAUGUUAAUUCAGAAAAUGAAAGAUUGUCUUCAGAACGAUCAAAUACAAUAUUACAUGUUUAUAAUCACCAGGAUCGAUCUUAUACUAAAACACGACGACCAACACGUGAUUCAUUGCAAAAUAAUUAUUAUCCUAAAAUAGAACAUGAUAAUAAGAACGAUCAUCCACAACCACGAUUACCACCUCGACGAAAAUACACUGAGCAAACUCGAACCAGCCUUUCUGCAUUCAAAGAAAGUCGUCAUGUUAUAUUCGCGUGUGUUGAUAGUCCUCACAUUUAUGGUGCUUAUCUUCUAUGUGGGCAUUGCGGCUUCUAA